AUGCCCCAACCCCACCUCAAGGUCCUCAUCAUUGGAGCGUCCAUCGAAGGACUCACCCUAGCUCACUGUCUGCAUAGAGCGGGCAUCGACUAUGUGAUCCUCGAAAAGCGAAAGGAGCAUGCCCCUACUCGAGAUGAGCCGCUGAUGAUCAUGCCGAAUGGAUCUCGGAUCUGGGAUCAACUAGGAGUAUUAGACGAUAUGAAGGAGCUUUUAGAGCCGAUGCAUACUGCGUACAUGACAAUUCCUGGUGUGGGUUCGUAUGAAAUGGACUUUCCUAAGGUGUUGCGUGAACGGUUCGGAUAUCCGCCAUUGUUCUUGAGGAAACGGAAGGUGUUAGGAAUGUUAUACGCUGCUCUUCCACGGAAUGACAAGGUUAAAUUGAACAAAGCCAUUGUUCGUAUUGAGGAGGGGGCGAAAUGUGUCCGGGUAGUGACGUGGGAUGGGUACAGCUACGAAGGAGAUCUGGUUGUCGGCGCGGAUGGUGUUCAUAGCAAGGUACGGGCUGAGAUGUCUCGACUUUCUAAUUUGCCGGAGCUAGCAAUGGAUGUCAACAAAGAUAUGAUGGUCGAGUACGCUUGUAUAUCGGGAAUUUCGACUCGUCAUCCAGACUACCCAGAGCUGACCCGGGGUACUAUCCUGACGAGCAAUGAUCGUGGGCGGAAUAUAACCUGUUUGGUUGGUAAGGAUGGGGACAUAUCAUGGAGUGUGUGCCUCAAAUUGGACCGCCAAUAUCCCCAUGACCGGGCCCCAGAAUUCUCGGCAAAAGAGGUACAGAAACGUUGUGAGAGUGAUCAACUAAGAGACACAUCGGUCUGGGCAGACCUGAUCUGGCGGAAUAUUGCGCCCCAUACAGGUCAAAGUGUCUCUUGUUCGAUCGAGGAUGCCGCUGAAUUGACGAACUCCUUGUAUGAAUGCCUCCAGGGGAGAACCAAAAAGCCUUCCACAGAAGAGAUGGAAAAGGUACUUGCUCGGUUUACAGAAAGCCGUGUCCAACGCAUAACCCCCAUCUAUCGUACUGCAAAACGGGCACUACGCCACUUCAUGUUCGCGAGUCUUCUCGAUAGGUUGAUCGCGCGAUACUAUUUAGCAAAGAAUGGCCACAUUGUUGCGGAAUGGUUCUCUAACGAGGUUGCAGGUGCAAUUAUGCUGGACUUUAUUCCCUCACCUGAGCGCGCAGGACCGGCAUGGUCAGAGCUUCAGUCUAGGCAGAACUGGACCUUGUUAAUAUCUCUUACUAUAGCGAACAUGCCCAGUCGCUUACCCCGCAUCGCUUGCUUCCACGGCGGCGGCUCCAACGCCUCUAUUUACAACGUCCAAUGCUCGCAACUAGCCGGAUUGCUCAAGGAUGACUUCGAAUUCGUUUUCUUCGAUGGACCCUUCGAAAGCGGCCCGGGACCCGGCGUUCUCCCCGCCUUUCGUGAAUACAAGCCCUACCGCUCCUGGUUCAAGCAAAACGGGACCGAAGUCGAGCUGAGCGAUGGAAGUGGGUACGACAUCUCGGGGCGGGACGGUGUGGAGCGGGUCUGGAAAUUGAUGGAAGCGGCGGGACCCGGUGGGGAAUGGGUGGGCGUUAUGGGAUUCAGUCAGGGCACGCGAAUCACGGGCGGACUAUUGUUGGAUCAACAACGGAGGACAGCGUCGGGAGAGACGGGGUCUCAUCCAAAGCUGAAAUUUGGGGUGUGUUGUAUGGGUGGUGGAGCGCCCAUGGUGUCGGAGAUCGGUCAUCAGAUGGCCGAUACGGGAUCCUCAGAAAAAAUUCAUAUACCGACGAUACAUGUUCACGGGUUGAAAGAUGUCUUCCUGGCAUUGGGACAGCGGCAGUAUGCUACAUAUUAUGAUUCGAAUACAGCAAAGCUUUAUGAAGUUGACUACCAUCAUGCCAUGCCGUGGUAUAGGCAUGAGGUACAGCGCUUAGUGGAGCUGAUUCGUGAGUUGUAUAAGGAGACCAGCCAGGACCCAGUUUUUGUUUGGUGA